CUUCCUAGUUGCAACUCUCCGCCGUCUGGACGUCGGAGACGAAAAUGACGGAAGAGGCAUCGGCCGACGUCGUCCUCCACAACGCGUAUGUCGUUACCAUGGACGGCGCCCUCAUGGUCCUCCGGAACGGCGCCAUCGCGGUCGUGGGCGACCACAUCGCUGCCUUGGGCCCUUCGGCGGACGUCCUCGCGGCCUUCCCCCGCGCCGCUCAGACCCUCGACCUCGCGGGCCGUAUCCUCCUGCCCGGGUUCGUGAACACGCACGUGCACACGUCGCAGCAGCUCGCGCGGGGGAUCGCCGACGACGUUGACCUGUUGACGUGGCUGCACGGUAGGAUCUGGCCCUACGAGUCGCACAUGACGGAGGAGGACUCCUACGCCUCCACGCUCCUCUGCGGCAUCGAGCUCAUCCGAUCUGGGGUAACAUGCUUUGCCGAAGCAGGUGGCCAGUAUGUUUCAGAAAUGGCACGGGCAGUGGAAUUGCUCGGAUUGCGUGCAUGCUUGACAAAGUCAACAAUGGAUUGUGGUGAUGGGUUACCUCCAAAUUGGAGUACUUGCUCCACUGAUGAUUGCAUUCAGUCGCAGAAGGAUCUAUAUGGAAAACAUCAUAACACAGCUGAUGGGCGUAUCAGGAUAUGGUUUGGGCUGAGACAGAUCAUGAAUGCGACAGACCGGUUACUGCUUGAAACAAGGGAUGUCGCACAGGAAUUAAAUACCGGAAUCCAUAUGCAUAUUGCGGAAAUACAAUAUGAGAAUCAGCUUGUAAUGCGGACCAAGGAAAUUGAUCAUGGGACAGUUACAUAUUUAGAGAAAAUAGAUUUUCUGAGAAGCAAUUUGCUCGCUGCACACUCUGUUUGGUUGAAUGAGCCUGAGAUAAGUCAUUUUUCAAAGGCUGGUGUCAAGGUUUCUCAUUGCCCAGCAUCUGCAAUGCGGAUGCUGGGGUUCGCUCCUAUUAAGGAAAUGCUGGAUUCUGGUGUUUGUGUCUCUCUUGGUACUGAUGGAGCACCAAGCAAUAACAGAAUGAGCAUUGUUGAUGAGAUGUAUCUAGCCUCCCUUAUUAACAAAGGGCGUGAGGCCUAUAUCAGUGGUACAACAAACCCAACUGCACUUCCUGCUGAGACUGUGCUGGCGAUGGCUACUAUUAAUGGUGCAAAAGCAGUUCUGUGGGAUAAUGAAAUAGGAUCACUGGAGGUUGGCAAAAAGGCUGACUUGAUAGUGGUGAAUCCAUUUAAGUGGUCCAUGCUUCCAUUACAUGACAGCAUUGCCAACAUUGUUUAUUGCAUGCGGUCAGAAAAUAUUGAAUCUGUUAUGUGCAAUGGUCAAUGGAUUAUGAAGGAUCAGAGGAUUAUGAACUUAAAUGAGGAGGAGGUAAUUUCGGUGGCGGUGAAAAGAGCAACGGUCCUCCUAGGGCGAGCUGGGAUCAACCUCCCCGAAAGGAUGAACCACUUGUGAUAUUUACCAUGCUCUUCAUGCAUAACCUCUUGUGGUGCUGGAGAUUAGGCUGCAGCUGUAUGCAUGUUUGGCAGCGUUGUCCCUCUUGUAUGGUGCUGUGAUGCUUAUAGAGACCUCGCCAUGGCACAAUGGCUGCAGCAAGACUUGCUUUCCGUAUAGCCUCAAAUAAUGUGUUGUAUCUUGUCCGCAUUUUAGAAUAGAAGUUGCCAUGGAGGUUUGUCUGUCACUGCCAUGACGAGUGAGGUGGUAAAUGGUUGCUUGUGGAGGAUAAACAAACCAGAAUGUUGCUUGUGGAGGACAAACAAACCAUAAUGUUGCUUGUGGAUGGUUAAAAUGGAAGGAGAAGCAAAAACUCAUCUCA